GUCUUCAGCCAUGGCCUUGGGUUUCCGGUGCUUCCGCUGGGUCCAGCCUGCCCUCAGCAGCUCCCUUGCAGCCUUCGUCAGACCCGUUUCAGAAGUUUCACUAAAGACAGUGUGCGCAAGUCGAAACGGCCACAAGCGGAUCAUGACCUGUCCAGCCGUGCCUGUCCGUCAUUUUGCUACCAAGAAAGCCAAAGCCAAAGGGAAAGGGCAGCCCCAGACCAGAGUGAACCUCAACACUGCAUUGGUUGCAGAUAUCAUCAGCUUGGAAGAGGUGGAUGGAGAGAUGAAGUCUGUGAUGGAGGCGCUGAAGGAGAAUUUCAAUAAGACCGUCAAUAUAAGGACCUCACCAGGGUCCCUGGACCACAUCACUGUGGUCACCGCUGAUGGCAAACUUGCUUUGAACCAGAUCGGCCAGAUCUCCAUGAAGUCACCCCAGUUGAUCCUGGUGAACAUGGCCAGCUUCCCAGAGUGUACAGCUGCAGCUAUCAAGGCUAUAAGAGAAAGUGGAAUGAAUCUGAACCCAGAAGUGGAAGGGACGCUGAUCCGGGUACCCAUCCCCAAGGUGACCCGGGAGCACAGGGAGAUGCUGGUGAAACUGGCCAAGCAGAGCACCAACAAGGCCAAAGAGUCACUCCGGAGGGUCCGGGCCAACGCCAUCAAUAAGCUGAAGAAAUCCAAGGACAAGGUCUCAGAGGACACCCUUCGGCUCAUAGAGAAGCAGAUCAGCCAGAUGGCCGAUGACAUCGUGGCAGAGCUGGACAGACAUCUGGCCGUGAAGACCAAGGAGCUCCUCGGGUGAGCCGCCAGGGGCAGGCAGUGCUCCGGAACCUGCUUUCCUGACUGCAAUGGUGGCAGAUGGGCAGCUCUCUACCCUGCACCCGUGGGCAACUGUCUACCCCGUGCCCGUGGAAGGUGAAGGAAGGCUGAUACCCAUCGGCGGCAGCUUCAGAGAGACACCAGCCUGUUCCUUGUCUCAGUUCCCUCGCCUGGCCUGGGUCAUCGCCUGAGAAUCUCCACCUCACAUGGCCUUUACGUGGGACAUCUGCCCUGACCAUCACCUUGCCAGGCCACUGGAACUGUCCACAGGCCGGGCACCGCCUGCUCCUCAGUCCGGAGCCUCCUUUCGAAUUCUCAGGCCCUAAUGCCAGCUCCGAAUGCUGCUCAGAUGAUGUGCAUCUUUUCCUCAGGGUGGAUACCUUUGCUGGAGGCCCGUUAUGCCCAGCAACAAUAAAAUCUA